UCCAGUUCUGUCUGUCAGCCAAGAGUUCAACAGGUGGCGUGUCCUCUUUUAGAAACAUACGCUGCCGGCGGGACGUGUGGAAUUUCCUGAAGAAGAUCUAGGCUAUGGAGAACGCGUGAGCGCAUGAAAAGAUUCAGCAACAUAAUAUAUUUGUCUGCAAUGACAGAUUAAAAUGGCUGUGUUCAAGCAACAGCAAGUCGAGAAUUUCUAUGAGAUUGGAGAGGAACUUGGAAGUGGACAGUUUGCAAUCGUUAAGCAGUGUCGUGAAAAGAGCUCAGGCCGGGAUUUUGCAGCCAAGUUCAUUAAAAAGCGUCAGAGUAAUGCCAGUCGGCGAGGUGUGCUUCGAGAAGAGAUUGAGCGAGAGGUCAACAUCCUGCAGCAGAUUCACCAUCCCAAUAUUGUCAUGCUGCAUGACGUGUAUGAAAACAAGACCGAUGUGGUGCUGAUUUUGGAGCUGGUGUCUGGAGGGGAGCUUUUUGACUUUCUGGCGCAGAAAGAGACUUUGAGUGAGGAGGAGGCCACACAGUUCAUUAAACAGAUACUAGAGGGCGUGCAUUAUCUGCACACAAGGAAUAUCGCUCAUUUUGACCUGAAGCCUGAAAACAUCAUGCUCCUGGAUAAGAAUGCCCCUCUACCCCGGAUCAAACUCAUUGAUUUUGGGUUGGCCCACAAAAUUGCUGAGGGGGUUGAAUUUAAAAACAUCUUUGGAACGCCAGAAUUUGUUGCUCCUGAAAUUGUGAAUUAUGAACCAUUGGGACUAGAAGCAGAUAUGUGGAGUGUUGGUGUUAUUACAUAUAUUCUGUUGAGUGGGGCAUCUCCCUUCUUGGGAGAGACAAAACAAGACACUUUGGGAAACAUCUCAGCAAUGAACUAUGAGUUUGAUGAUGAGUUCUUUGGCCACACCAGUGAGCUUGCCAAGAAUUUUAUACGACAACUGCUGGAAAAAGACACCAAAAAAAGACUCACGAUUCAAGAUACGUUGAAUCACCCGUGGAUAAAGUCUAAUGAGCAUAAGGACGAACGCAGUAAAGCUCCAGAGAGGAAGAGAGAGCGUAGGCAGCUGAAGACCAAGCGUCUCAAGGAGUACACCAUUAAGUCCCACUCUAGCAUGCCCCCUAAUAACACCUACAUCAACUUUGAACGAUUCGCUCAGCUGGAGGAGGAAAUCUCGGCUAUGGAAGGUACUUUCUGCCAGCUGGCCUCAGCCCACGACUCCCUGCAGGAAGACAUUGAUGCUCUAGUUUCUAUUUACAAUGAGAAGGAGAUGUGGUACAAAGAAGAGAGCGAGAGCAUCCGUCACGAGUUAUCCCAACUUCGUUAUGAGUUUCGUAAAGUUGAGGCACAGAGGCGGGCCGUUCAGGAAGACAUGAGGAGCGUGGAUGCCAGUGUGAGCAGAGUUAGUGAGCGAUAUAAGGAGAGGCAAACACACUUUGAGGCCCUGCAGAAAGAGCUGUGUGCCGAACUGCAGUGGGUUCAGGAAGUGGUGGGCACAUUCCAGGUCAGCUUCCCAAACUGUAGCUUUAGCAGCGUGUUCAAUACCGAUGUCAAUGAAGCACUGAAAGAACUGUUGAACAGAUCCUGUGGAGGAGACUUGCUGACAGGUAGCAAUCAGGACCAGCAGAGAUGAUGCAUUAAUAACCUCCCACCCACUGACAACACAUCGUUAUACAAGUGUCACGAGUUCCAGUCCAGUUCUCUCGUUGUCCCUGUUUCGUGUCCUGUUUGCUGUUACCCGGAUUCGCCGUGUCUGUUCAACACUUCUCUUCACUCUUCUCACCACGAUCAUCUGACCAUUGGAGACUCUGCGCCACUAGACCAUCACCCCGG